AUGCAGACACUUACGCCCAACGCCGACAUAUUCCAAGUAAAACGCCGUCGUUUCAGUUUUAGUAACCAAACCUCCACGUUGAUCCCGACGAAGCCGCUCUCUAUUUCUCCGGCAAGAAAAACAAACAAAGAACAUCUUAAAAACCUAGAGAACGUUCUCAAAACUUCGUCGAGUAGUUCUAUAGAUCAUCUUGAAAAUGUUACUUCUCGUCAAGAGAAGACGAAUACAUCGACGUCGUCGCUACUCGGAGGUUUGAAUUUGGCAAGAAUCUGGCCUCAGAUGAAAGCAGCCGUCGACGAAAUGUCUCCUAAGAAUCUGAAGCGGCUGCAAAGGCUUCUCUCGAAGUCAUACGAGGAACGUUCGCCGAAGGGUAAACUCGGGUCUAAAUGGCGGGAGCUACACGGGUUAAACAACUGGGCCGGGUUGUUGGAUCCUUUAGACGAAGAUCUCCGGCGAGAGCUUGUACGUUACGGAGAGUUUGUACAAGCGGCUUAUCACGCGUUUCACUCUGACCCGGAAGGGUCGCCGAAACACGUGGCGUUACAAGAUGGGUCAUUUAAAGUUACAAAGAAUCUUUACGCCACGUCAUCCGUUCGUUUGCCUAAAUGGAUCGAUGACGUCGCACCGGAUCUACGGUGGAUGACUAAACAGACGAGCUGGGUUGGUUACGUGGCGGUCUGUGAUGAUCCGAGAGAGAUCCGACGGAUGGGGAGGAGGGAGAUCGUCAUCGCGCUCCGUGGAACCGCCACGUUGCUCGAAUGGUCUGAGAACUUCAGACCAAAUCUAGUUUCCAUGCCCGAGCCCAAACCCGAUUCAUCCGACCCGACUCGACCCAAAGUGGAAUGCGGAUUUAACAGCCUCUACACGACGAGUAGCCAACACGGGCCAAGCCUCGCGGAGUCCUUAAUCGGAGAGAUCAGCCGGCUGGUCGAACUCUACGCAGGAGAGGAGCUGAGCAUAAGCGUAACCGGACACAGCCUCGGCGCCGCAAUCGCACUUCUCGCCGCCGACGACAUCGCCGAGCGUGUCCCACACGCGCCUCCGGUCGCGGUGUUUUCCUUCGGCGGGCCACGAGUCGGGAACCGCGAGUUUGCCGAUCGUUUGGAUUCGAAAGGAGUGAAAGUGUUACGAGUCGUGAACAGCCAAGACGUGGUGACUAAAGUCCCCGGGAUAUUCUCCGACAACGAUAAGCAAGGACAGAACCGUAGUAAUAACGGGAAAAGUCGUCAAGGGGGUAUAAUGGAAAUGGUGGAGAGGAACAAUCCCUGGGCUUACUCGCAUGUCGGAGCGGAGCUGCGUGUAGACAUGAAGAUGUCUCCGUACCUGAAACCGAACGCUGACGUGGCGUGUUGCCAUGACCUGGAAGCUUACUUGCACUUGGUCGACGGGUUUAUAGCAACUAACUGUCCGUUUCGGGCAAACGCGAAACGGAGUUUGAGGAAACUGUUGGAUGAGCAACGGUCAAACGUCAAAGUUUUGUACACAGGGAAGUCUUUGAGACUUAACCGUACUGUUCAUGAUAAUGGUGAUGUUUUGCCUAGUCCGUCGUCGUCAUGAGCUCUGAUUUAUUCUCUAUGUUAUUAUUAGUUUUUCUUUGCUAUAUAUAUUUUUCUUUAGCCUAAGAUAUUCAUUUAUUGGCGGUGGGAAUUAUUUAUUUAUUUGUUUGUUGUGAUUUCUUUGUCGCCAUUGGUGAUAAUUAAAGUUGUGUAAUUAGUCUUUUGCCGUUUGUUUUAACA